UCCGGUGUCUGGUAACAUUUUACUUCCUUCCACACAGACCGACGCGAAUAGACCGAAAAAAAAAUAAAACCUUGUUAAUUGUGAAGUUUAUUCGCCAAAAUCCCGACAUCUGGGUUCAGUUGGUUUUCUCUUCCUGUCCGCUGAAACGUGGCAUGUGGAGCUCGGUGUCCGAGUACUGAGAAGCAGCAGAGGGAAGCUGAUUGUAGCGUGAAGGCCUCCGAGGGAAGAAAGUUUAGUGUCAGGCCUGUAAACAACAUGUCCUCCGCCUCGCAGCCCUCCUCCAGACGGCAGUGGUGCUACCUCUGCGAUUUGCCCAAGAUGCCGUGGGCCAUGCUGUGGGAGUUCAGCGAAGCGGUGUGCCGGGGAUGUGUGAACUAUGACGGCGCGGACCGGAUCGAGCUGCUGAUUGAAACGGCGCGGCAGCUGAAGAACACGCACGGGGUGUUAGACGGCAGGUCCCCCGGACCCCAGCAGAGCAAACCCGGCUCUGUGGGGACCGCCGAGGCGGUGCGGCCGCAUGGUGAGCGCGUAGACAGGGGGAGGGCGGAAUAUGGGGUUUCUGCUCGACUCCCGAACGGGCUGCACCGGGCUGAGGACGCGGGCCUGUCCGACGGAAGCCGACAGAGUCCGAACACCCGGCGGGCUGUGGCCAGUGCGGUGCCCGGCCUCCAUAGCACCAUAUCUCACGCCUUGAUAGCUCAGGGUUUGGUGGCAGCUCCUCACGCGCUCUUAGCGCCCUUAUCAGGUUCCCGGACUGCCAGCACCCCGAUCACAGUCUCAGCAGGGCCCCUCAUGGGUGAUGGCAGCAGGAGGCCGGGGGUGUCUCUGGGUGCCAGCACCUCUGCUCUGGUGGGUAUAGAUCCAGCAGUGUGGAGGAACAAUGAGGUGAUGGUUGAACUGAACGAAGUGGCCAGAAACCGGGCGGAGGGCUGGCCCAACCGACCCAAGUCCGUCCGGGAUGUUCUGGUGGCCCUGAGCAGCUCCAUCCCAUUCAGUGUCCGCUUCCGGAAGGACCAUAACCUCCAGGGGCGGGUUCUGGCUUUUGAUGCCAGCACAGCAUCAGAUUUCGAGCUGAAGGUUUUUGUUGAGUAUCCUGUGGGCUCCGGGAUCAUCUUCUCAGGGAUCCCAGACCUGGUCAGGCAGAUGUUCCGGGAUUCGGCUAAAGAUGCGGGUAAAGCUGUGAACUCUGGUCUGAGGUAUGUGGAGUAUGAGAAGCGGCACGGCACCGGAGACUGGCGUGGGCUGGCGGAGCUACUGAAUGACAGCGUGCGGAUGUUUAAGGAGCCUCCCAUCCCAGAGGUGCUACCGCAGCCGGACCCGGUGCUCUCUUUGGCAGCAGCUAGUCGCCCAGGUCCUGCAAAGACCACAACCAGACGCCGCAAGCCUUCCCCCGGCUCGGAGAACGGAGAGAGUGACGGGAGACCUGAUCACCCAGCCCGGGAGUCUUGGCCCAGAGGUGCCUACGCAGAUCCUGUUCCUGGCAUGGCUGCUCCUCAGGAAGGUCCGCCUCGUCUUCACAGCCAGCCGUCCCCCAUCUCUGCUCUUAUGGGGGUCGCAGACAGUCUGAGCUCCAGUCAGAUGCCCAGAGACAGCCCAGGCAUGUCUGCAGCCCACUCCUCAGCACCAGGCCGCUCCACCAGCAGCAGUCCCUCCACCGCCUCCACCUCAGCCUCGCAGGCAGCAAUGGGACAGGGUAUGAGUGCUGGGGGGCCGAGCAGCAAUAGCAACACUGGGGAAAGCACUAGCAGCACGCAGGGCACCCUGCUGUGCUGCACCCUCUGCAGAGAGCGCCUGGAGGAUACACACUUCGUCCAGUGUCCCUCUGUUCCUCACCACAAGUUCUGUUUCCCCUGCACCCGAGCUUUCAUCCGCAGCCAGGGCCAAGGAGGGGAGGUGUAUUGCCCGAGUGGGGAGCGCUGCCCCCUGGCUGGAUCCAACGUGCCUUGGGCCUUCAUGCAGGGGGAGAUCUCAACCAUCCUGGCUGGAGAUGGAGAUGUGACGGUGAAGAAGGAGGAGUAACCUAGGACGUCUUCCACCUGUCACGGGGAUCAAACAGUUUGAAAGCACUUCCCUUUGAAUCUCAAGCAGAGGUCCAGUUCGGCUGCAUUUCAUCACAUGUGCCUCCAUAAGCGGAGUCGGAAAGAAUUCCCAGGAAGACCGAAGGCUCCGAUCAGCUGUUCUUCCUCACCAACAGCCCAGGAGAGAAAGCACAUGUUUAUCUGACAAUCUGAUUUGUUUUUUUGUUCCCUUUUGUUCUGUGUUUUUCAUUGUGUAGGAAACGGAUGCAGGACAGCGUUGAUCGAUAACCUGGAAAAAGAAAUGCAAUUCUUUGGAGGAAAAAAAACCCGGAAUGUUAAAAAAAAACCAAACCAACCCAUUUGGUCCUUAAAGCCACGGAGGCAAACAUGUCAUCUGUCUCAUAGCUACUCUUCUGUUGUAUGUUUCAAAUGUGAACUUUCUUUUAAUAAGGCGAUGUAAUUUCUAUUUUUGAUACAAUACAAAUUUCUAUGUAUUUGUUUAUAGUGAUAAGAAGACCAAAGAUGGCUUCCUGCUCGGUGUAAUGUUCUGGUAGCUGUUUAUGCUCUAUUCACUAAUUAGUUCAUCUUUCACAGAUGUAAGCCUGUUUUUUUUUUUUUCAAUUUACUUUUGAAUUCUAUGUAUAGUAAAAUAAUUAGCAUCACGUUGAAUGGUUUCCCACACAUGUGAUCUGAACAGGUCAAUUCUACAAUAAAGGACUAUAGUCACAACUGCUUUACUGC